CUACAGGGAGCUGAGGACAGAAAGGGCUCAGGGUCGGGUUCCCCACUGGGCUUAUUUGUAUCAACACUGGGUAUUGUUGACGUUUUAAAUCGUUGCCAAGAAUUACUCCUUGCUUUUUUAUUUAUUUAUUUAUUUUUAACAUUUAUUUAUCUGUGAGAAAGCGUUUGCAAUCCACUUCCUGGUCUACGUAAAGCAGGAACAAUGGCUACCGACAACACCGUCCCUUCAGAGAUUAUAGCAAGAGAACGAAAAAAGUUGCUUGAAAUCCUUGAGCAAGAUCCUGAUUCUAUCUUAGACACACUGACCUCCCAAAGGGUGAUUUCUGAGGAAGAGUUCGAGACUCUGGAGAAUGUUGCAGAUCCCCUGAAGAAAAGUCGAAAGCUUUUAAUUUUGGUACGGCAAAAGGGAGAAGUGAGCUGUCACCAUUUUCUGAAGUGUUUUAUCAAUACUUUUCCGGAGUCGUGUACUGUCUGGGGCUUAAGUUAUGAAUUUUUAAAACAUGGGAAUGUAGACCCUCGUCAAUCUAUGGGGGUAAGCAAGAAUUCAGAAGAUGCUUUUUUCUCUGAAAAUAAACAACCUGAGAAUCCUGAGAUCACAGUGUCCUUCAAAGAGAAGAGCCAUUUGGAUUUGGAAACCUCUGAAUCUUCCAGGGACAAGAAAACUAGUGAUGGGGAAACUGCUUUUUACUCACAGGAAAAGGAUGAGAAGGAAUACAACACAUCAGAAGUCACGUUCUCACACUCAGUUGAGGAAGCUGAAUAUGAAAUUCCAGCAACUCUUGUAUAUUUAAGGGACGGACAGAGAUAUGAUGAGCCGGAUGAUUCUUUAUACUUAGGAGAAGAAGAAUAUCUAGGAUAUGUUGAAUACCCUGAAGAUGCAGAAACCCCUGUGGAAGAGGAGAGUUAUAAUGAUCCAGAGUAUGGUGGAUAUGAUGGUGAGGACUCUGAGUAUCCAAAACCCACAGAGCUCUCUGGUGAUGCACAGAGUUAUGGGGAUUCAGAAACCAGCAUGCCAUUGGAGGAGGAGGCAGAGGAGGAAAGUAUGGAAGAAAAAAAAAAGGUGUUUGAAGAUGUCCUGUCAUGCUUGAACAUGGAUAGGAGCAGAAAGCUUCUGCCUGAAUUUGUUCAACAAUUCUCCAUAGACCAUGGAUAUAAGUGGACACCUGAGACUCCAGGAGACUUAGCCUGGAAUUUCCUGAUGAAAGUUCAAGCACUGGACGUGACAGCCAGAGAGUCAGUCCUCAGGCCAAGGGUUCCAGCUGAAGAUAGCAAAGAGGAAUUGCUGACUGGAAUGGAGAAUUUGGAACUUGAAGACAUACAGACCAUUAAUCCCCUUGAUGUCCUUUGUGCCUCCAUGCUGUGUUCAGACAGCUCUUUGCAAUGCAAAGUCAUGUCAAACAUGUUUCAGUGCCAGUUUGCUCUUCCCCUGCUACUGCCAGAUGCAGAAAACAACAAAAGCAUCUUGAUGCUGGGGGCCAUGAAGGACAUUGUUAAGAAACAGUCAACACAGUCCUCAGGAGUCCCUGCAGGGGAUACAGAAAACUUUCUGACUCUCAUGAAGAUGCCUGUCAUCUCUUUUGUGCGUCUAGGAUGCUGUAGCUUCUCCAAGUCCAGAAUUCUCAACACACUGCUCUGCCCUGCCCAACUGAAGUCACACAAAAUCUUUCUCCAUCAGGAUUCGCCUAGUUUGGUUCUUCCCCGGCAAAUCUCUGAUGGCUUGGUUGAGAUAACCUGGUGUUUUCCUGAUACUGAUUGUCUAAAGGAAAGCUCUAGUUUUUUUCAAAAGCCUGUUGCAGUGGCCAACCUUCGUGGAGACUUAGAAAGCUUCUGGACACAGUUUGGUUUUUUGAUGGAAAUUUCCUCAGCUGUAUUUUUUUUUACUGACUACCUAGGUGAGAAGGAAUGGAAACUGCUAAUGUUUUUAGGAGAAACUGCCACUGAAAGAUGCUACUUUGUCCUCAAUCCCCAGGCCAGAGAGAGUGAAGAGUCUCAGAUUUUCCAGAGGAUCUUGAACUUGAAGCCAUCACAGCUCCUGUUUUUGGAGGGGGAGGAAGCUGAGCAUAGAGGGGAGAACAUGGAGGGCCUUCGAGCUGCCCUCCAGGAAGUGAUGUGCUCUUCACUCAAAUGUGUGUCUGUGGAGGACAUGGCCUUCCUGGCCAGGGAGUUGGGGAUCCAGGUAGACAAGGACUAUGAGAAUGCUGAGGGAAUUCAAAUUUCACCUAGGGAAAAAAUGGCUGAAACAGCUGAGUAUGUGGGACAACAAGGACAGAGUCAGCCAAAAGGAUCAUCUGAAAGCCUUCCUCAGAUACCCUUCAGAGAGGCUGGGGUCAACCAGACUCCUCAGAAUUUCCACCCCACCCCAAUGUUCAUGUCUUAUCCACAGAACUCCUGGCCUUUACUGACCAGAAUUGGAGAUAACUUUAACCAGGUUUCCUCAAACCCACCCUGGGUUAUGGGCUCCCAUUUUUGGUCAAAGCAGAGGUCUAGGUGGUUCCACUCUUCGGGUUUUCAGAGUAAAAGGGUCCAUAGUGGACAUAAAAAUUUUGGUUUUCAAUAUUUCCAACCCCAGAGAUUUUAUUCCAGUGAAAGAUUCAUGAAAUUUGCAAGAACUGCUCGGGGACGUCACUGGAAUGGAACACUUGGGAGACCACCAAGACCCAUUUUUCAGCAUGUAUGGGCCUGGCCAGAGAAAUCACAAACUAUGGGAGCUCCUGAAAGGUCUGGGUUAGUGGUCUCCCAGGUAGGUCACUUCCAUUCCCUGGGCUCACAGCCAGCAGGAGCAGUUGGGAAGCCACAGCCAGGACAAGCCUGUGCCAUGGGAACACAGCCAACUGAAGCAACUGGAAAGUAUAUGAGGACGACAUCACAUAUAAAAGAGCGCCACCAUCAAGCCUUUCAGCCAACAGCCAUAGGAAAGCCCAUAAGAUAUGCCUCCCCACAAGGGCCCCGGCUGAAAACACACGGUGGGCCUUUGAAUCCAGCUUUCCAAAUAGGACCCUGUCCCAUGUCCAAAAGCAAACUUUUACCCAGCUCUCAACAUAAAUCCAGUUGCCCCAAUCCUUCUCAGGUCAAGCACUCUGAGCCUAAACGCUCCCAACCUGUUCAAUCUCAACCCAAGCCUACUCAAACAAAACCCACUCAGCCCCAACCAUCCCAACUUAAACCCUCCCAGUCCAAACCCACUGAGCCCAAGCCCUCCCAGUCCCGAUCCUCUCAUCCUAAACCCUCCCAGUCCGAAUCCACUCAGCCUAAGCCCUCCCAGUCUAUGCCUUCUCAGCCCAGAUCCUCUCAAUGUAAACCAUCCCAGAGCAGACCUUCACCGGCCAAGGCAUGUUACCCAAGAGCAGGGCCUAAGAGGGGAGGGAAGCAUUAAAGUUCUUACUCCUCCAGGGACCCAUAUAAUGUAUCCUUUACCCACGGCAUUCCUAUCACAUAGUAACCUAGAGUUUCCUAAUGGUAAAAGACUACAGUCAUUAGCAUGACACAAAAAGAUAUCCACACUCUAGUUGAAUAUCAUUAAAAUAUCUUUAAGAGUUUUGCCCCUAAAUGAGAGGAAAAAUAUUGAAAGAAUUAAAAAUAGAAUUAAGCAGUAAAUAAAUUAAUUGAAUCCAACCUUGAGGUAUUAGGUAAUGUAUAAUGGAAUCCAGGGACUGUGGGCUAUAAGGUAACCCCAGCUGGAGGAUAGAUUUGGGGUUUCUAAUGGCACAGUGAUUAUAAAAUAGGGCUCGGAUUGCCUCAGUGUUGCAAGAAAAAUUGCCUUAUAUGUAUUUUCUGCCCUAGACGCACCCUGGUAAAAACAUUCUGGUCUAAUGUCAGCCUGCUAAGCCAAUAAGCCUGUUUAUUUGGCAUGGUUCAAUCAACUUGCUUAUUCUAGUAACCCCAACUUGCUUGGAUGAUAAAACUCCUUCACUGGACUUUUGCAUAUAAAAAUAAUGAACUACCCCAUUGUCUGGGUAGCAACACACAAGAUGGAAUUUAACAAAUAAUUAUGAAUACCAAAGCUCUAUGUAAUUUUCUUUUUCCUAGUUGCUAGGGUAUUAGAAUAGCUAGAAGGAAAGAAUUGAAAUGGUGGAACUCUACUAACCCAUA